CGCUCGCGCGAAACCAGACGAGAGGUCUCGAGGAGAAGGAAGCAGCCAGAUUCCCAAACCGAUUUGGGACGCCGGCCACCUCGCCGGAGUUGCCACUUCCCCGGUUCCCCCUUCUCUGCUCGCCUCUGAAUCUUCCCCCUCGCCGGAUUUUCCGCGGUUUCCUCGGGAUUCCUUGCCCGGCCGGGAACGGCGGCGCUCGCGAGGGGAAAGAAAAGCUCCGAUUUUUGCCUGCCGAGUUCUCUUCCGAUUCCCACUAUCUUGAGCAGCCUGCGCGCGGCCAGCCUCGCCGCGGGAGUUUUUCUUGGCUUUAUCCUCGGCCAGAAUUAGCCAUUCCCUGGAGCUAAAGGCCGAGCUCGGCCGGGGCUAAACUUCGCCUCUUCUCCGCGGCGGCCGCGGGGGAAUUCGUUCUUCUCCCGUCAGUCGCCGCCGUAUCGCCGGGGGAGCGGCGGGCGGGGGGCGGGGCGGCAUGGGGCUCGGCUUGGUGGCGCACCUGGUGCGCCUGGGCGUGCUCAGCUCGACCUCCGACCACGCGUCGGUGGUGUCCAUCAACCUGUUCGUGGCGCUGCUCUGCGCCUGCAUCGUCCUCGGCCACCUCCUCGAGGAGAACCGGUGGGUCAACGAGUCCAUCACCGCGCUCAUCAUCGGGUUGUGCACCGGCGUGGUGAUCCUGCUGACGACCAAGGGGAAGAGCUCGCACAUCCUCGUCUUCAGCGAGGACCUCUUCUUCAUCUACCUCCUGCCUCCCAUCAUCUUCAAUGCCGGUUUCCAGGUAAAGAAGAAGCAAUUCUUCCGGAAUUUCAUGACGAUCACAUUAUUUGGUGCUGUUGGGACAAUGAUAUCCUUCUUCACGAUCUCUCUCGGUGCCAUAUCAAUAUUCAGUAGAAUGAACAUUGGGACGCUAGAUGUAGGGGAUUUCCUCGCAAUUGGAGCGAUCUUUUCUGCAACAGAUUCUGUCUGCACAUUGCAGGUCCUCAAUCAGGAUGAGACACCCCUUCUGUACAGUAUUGUGUUUGGUGAAGGAGUUGUGAACGAUGCCACAUCAGUUGUGCUCUUCAAUGCGCUCCAGAACUUUGAUCUUAACCAAAUUGAUGUAGCUGUCGUGCUGAAAUUCUUGGGGAAUUUCUGUUAUCUAUUUCUGUCAAGCACCUUCCUUGGAGUGUUUGCUGGAUUGCUCAGUGCUUACAUAAUCAAGAAAUUAUACAUCGGAAGGCACUCCACUGACCGUGAGGUUGCCCUUAUGAUGCUCAUGGCUUAUCUCUCAUAUAUGCUGGCUGAGUUGCUAGAGUUGAGCGGCAUUCUCACUGUGUUCUUCUGUGGUAUUGUGAUGUCACAUUACACCUGGCAUAAUGUGACAGAGAGCUCAAGAGUUACAACUAAGCAUGCCUUUGCAACUUUGUCCUUCAUUGCCGAGACUUUUCUUUUCCUGUAUGUUGGUAUGGAUGCGCUUGAUAUCGAAAAGUGGGAGUUUGCCAGUGACAGCCCUGGCAAAUCCAUUUGCACAAGCUCAAUUUUGCUAGGAUUAGUUCUGGUGGGAAGAGCUGCUUUUGUUUUUCCGCUGUCCUUCUUGUCCAACUUAACGAAAAAGACAUCGAUGGAAAAAAUAACCUGGAGACAACAGAUCGUAAUAUGGUGGGCCGGGUUGAUGAGAGGUGCCGUGUCCAUUGCUCUUGCUUACAACAAGUUCACAAGAUCUGGACACACUGAGCUGCACGGCAAUGCGAUAAUGAUCACCAGCACAAUCACUGUCGUCCUGUUUAGCACCAUGGUGUUUGGGAUGAUGACGAAGCCAUUGAUCCAGUUCCUGCUCCCUGCCUCCAGCAACGCUGCCCCCUCCGAGCCUUCGUCACCCAAAUCCCUGCACUCCCCUCUGCUCACGAGCAUGCAGGGCUCCGACCUCGAGAAUGCCACUGCUAGCAUUGUCAGACCGUCCAGCCUUCGGAUGCUCCUCAGCAAGCCGACCCAUACCGUCCACUACUACUGGCGCAAGUUCGAUGACGCGCUGAUGCGGCCCAUGUUCGGCGGCCGUGGCUUCGUGCCCUUCUCCCCCGGAUCACCCACCGAGCAUACUGGACGGUGAUCACUGCCAAGAUAACAAAAACUGACUCGAGAGGAAGACAUGUUUUUGGUGAGUAGAGUUUGGCUGCUGAUAGUCAGAUGAUGAAGCUUAUGUUGUUCAGAACUUCAGAUGGUGUAGUCCCUCAGCAAUGGUGAAGAGGGACCUUCAGCUUAUGGUUCAAAUGGAGGGUUAGCUGGUUUGGAUCAGCAGGAUGAAGAAGUUGAGUCCUGGAAAUUUGGGGUUUUGAGUUAUGCAUAAAGGCUGUAAAUUUUGUAGAUAAAUAUAAAAACACCCAUUUUUAUCUCUUAUAUUUAUAUAUAGUGUGUAGCUUGCGGAUUA